CUGUGCGUGUGUGUGGCAGGUGUGACUUUAAAGGUGAUGGAGUACACAUACGACGAGGACCUGGAAGAGCUGUGUCCUGUGUGCGGAGACAAAGUGUCCGGAUAUCACUACGGCCUGCUCACCUGUGAGAGCUGCAAGGGCUUCUUCAAGAGGACGGUGCAGAACAACAAGAGGUACACGUGUGCGGAAAACCAGGAGUGUAAAAUAGACAAGACCCAGAGGAAAAGGUGUCCCUUCUGUCGGUUCCAGAAAUGCCUCAGUGUUGGGAUGCGGCUGGAAGCGGUGCGUGCAGACCGCAUGCGUGGGGGUAGGAAUAAAUUUGGCCCCAUGUACAAGAGAGACAGGGCCUUGAAACAGCAGAAGAAAGCUUUGAUACGAUCCAACGGUUUCAAGUUGGAGAGCACGGCUCCUCCGCCCGCCUCUCCUCUGCAGGCAGACUACGGCUUCACCGGCACCUUGCACACCCUUCCCACCAUCUCUAAAAGCCUGCUCCCCUCCACCCCGAGCUCCAUCACUCCCACAGACUACGAGGCUAAUCUCUACGGACCCCCGUCUUUGGGUAUGGCCAUGCAGUCGCACGUGCCCCUCACCACCCAGUACCAGUACACAGCCUUUCCCGGAAGGGCAAUUAAAGCCGAGUGUCCCGACUACACCAGCUCCCCCGAGACUCUUACAGGAUACCCUUACCCAGACAUGUACCCCUCAGCCUCGCCGCAACCCCCCAGCCUGCCGCCGCUGGUUCUGGAGCUGCUGCGCUGUGACCCGGACGAGCUGGUCGUGCAGAACAAGAUUGUGACUCACCUGCAACAGGAGCAAAACGGCCGGGGUCGGCUGGAAAAGCCCAGCACCUUCAGCCUCAUGUGUCGGAUGGCGGACCAGACCCUGUUCUCCAUAGUGGAGUGGGCUCGGAGCUGCAUCUUCUUCAAGGAGCUGAGGGUGGGAGAUCAAAUGAAGCUGCUUCAUAACUGCUGGUCUGAGCUGCUCGUCCUGGAUCACAUUUUCAGACAAGUGCAGCACGCAAAGGAAGACAGCAUUCUGCUGGUGACCGGCCAGGAGGUGGAGCUGUCGUCCAUCCUGUCUCAGGCUGAGGGGACGCUCUCCAGUCUGGUCCAGAGAGGUCAGGAGCUGGCAGCGAGGCUGCGGGUGCUGCAGGUCGACCGCAGAGAGAUCGCCUGUCUGAAAUUCCUCCUCCUUUUCAACCCAAAUGUAAAGUUGCUGGAGAACCAGGCGUUCGUGGAGGGCGUCCAGGAGCAGGUGAACGCUGCUCUGCUGGAGUACACGCUGUCCGCCUACCCUCAGUUCCAAGAGAAGUUCAGCCAGCUGCUGGUGCGGUUGCCGGAGCUGCGCUCCCUCAGCACGCAGGCCGAGGACUACCUAUGCUACAUGCACGUGAGUGGAGAGGUGCCCUGCAACAACCUGCUGAUCGAGAUGCUGCACGCCAAGAGGGCGUGUGUGUGAGGAGCGCGAGCAGGACGCUCCGCCACCAUGUAUUAUUUGUCUAGGUGAGAGUGUGUGUGGAUGGAAAAGAGCGAGUGACAGGUUCCCCCGGGUCACCUUUGUGACACUUUCUAUGUUUUGAGUUGGAUGGAAAAAAAGUUCCUGAAAGUUUGGAAUCAUAAAGCUGCGUGUGCUCACCGCUAGUUUGGAGAUUUUGAAUAUUAAUGUUUUCAUGUCCUGCAGAGCUACAUUAACGUGACCUUCUACCUAUAAACUGGAUUUUCUAACUUGUUUUCAAGCAUCUAAAGUUCGACCUGCGUAUAGAGUUACAGUCUAUCUAUUUUAAGCAAAUAUAACAUGAAUCCCAGACGAGCUACAUCCACAGAGCUGCCCAUCAAACAGUUACUCUUUAGAUACACGACAUUCAUCGCCACCUUUCUCAAUCUGUAACAUUCACACCCAAAAUAUCUUUGUCAUGUCGCUACCAAAUGUUGACAAGGCCUUCAGCGUGAAAUUUGCAGUCGCAUCACUGGAUGGAGGUAUUUGCUGGAUGAGCAAAUGUUUACUUUUUACAGCAAACAUUUGUUUUCUCUUCCCAAAGUAAUAUUUUAAUAUCUGAAUGAGACGUUUUUGAUCCCAGUAUCUGAUGCUUAUCCUAGAUUAUCUUUAUUAUUUCGAUGAUGUCAUGUCGUCAGACUAGAGUAGCACUGCUAGAGAAGCCCAACAGACAUAAAUAAAGUUUAGUUUAAAUCUAUCUAGAUGUUAAUAUAUUGAUAAACGCCAUUAAGUGUUUUAUCAAACAACAAGGAGAGAAAAUGAGAGAGAGAAACACAGCAGGAGAUAAAGAGAGAAACUGUGCACAGCAAAGCAGCGACAGGAGACGCAUCAAUGUGCACUCGGUAAUGACAAUGACAGCAAACACGUGAGAAGCAGAAGGCGUCUGUAAUGUUUGUCCUUCGGCUCGGUCCAUAAAGAUGCAGGGAAGUAAAAGGUGCAUCUGCUCACAUUUGGUUCAUCCGUGCGAGUCACGUGCUCGUUCACACUGGUGUCACUUUUCAACACAUCGGGGUACACGCCAUCCAGGAGCGAUGCGUCUCAGAUGAUCCAAACUUGUUGCUUUCAGUAAGUUCCUUUGUUUUCAGAAAAUUACAGAAGGAGGUGAAACCCACAUCUCAGCAGCCCUCGACUGCUUUGUGCUUCUGAGGUUCAAAGAGUUUCAGUUUUCCUUGAAAAAACAUGAUUUGAGCAAACACACAAAACUAAUUUGUGACUAUUUUCAGCCACGUGGAGGACGGUAGCAGGACAGGGGACCGUCAUGUGACAAUGUUUGUGUCCUGUGUCACGCUUAAAGGGGACCUGUUCUGUUCACUUAGACAGUAGCUUUAGUUACAGUUACAAGUAAUCGUUAAUACACAUUACCCUACUGGAUGCACUCACUUCGUUAUCUAUCUGAAACAAGCUAGUUAAGCCCCGCCCCUCCCUUUAAAUGGUGGGUGGAGCUUCUGUGGUCACAGCCAGGUGACCAUGUUUGGGACACGUUCAAACGUAUUAAUAACUGAAUUAUUGGCAGCUUCUAAAAACCAAACACUGAAAAGUAUAAUAUUGUGUUAUUGUGUUACCUAACAGGAUAAAGCACCUUGAUCUGGUGCUGCAGAAAUAAACUGAAGUGAAACAUAAGAAUCUGGUUAAAGUCGUUUCAGCUUAACAUGCUUGAAUAAAUAAUUACAGACGUGUACGUGUGUGAUCCUGUAACAGCGUCCAGUCGGAGGGAAAACAUCACAGGGAUUUCUCUUUAUUUGAAUGUUUAAUAUGAACACGUCUGUAACAGGAUACAAGACAAAAUAUAAAACUGGGAACUCCACUAUAGAUUUAAGUGACGGCAACAUUUAGAGAUGUCUGAUGACUUCGCUGAUGCGUUUACUUGUUUGUUUGUUUUUAAAAUGAUGUAUAUAAACAAAAAUCAGGUGUUAUUCUCAUUUGUUGAAAUUUGACCUCCAAUUUUCAGGAUAAAUAGUUACUUUGUUUAUUCAGCCUUAAGAACGUUAGAAGUUAUUUAUCUUCGUUUUCCCCCCACUGAUGACAUCAUCACGGAUGUUAGCGACAGUGCUCAAAGAGAGCAGCGAGACAAAGCUAGCUUACAACCACCUGUACAGCUGACCUGUGGGUGUUGACGUGUAGCUUAGUGGGCAUUUCUCUUCAGCACUAUGUGACAGAGCAACGCGUGCAACGACUCGCGGCGCCGUCAGAGAAACUUUGCACCACGAAGAAUAAUGACAGCGUGCUUUAAACCGAGGCAGUCUAGCAUCCGCCGCAUCGCAGCCCUGAAGUCUGUGUUUGCAGCAUCAUCUGUGGCACUUCCUGUUGAAAAGUAACACUUGUGUGUCUCACGCUGAGUCUCACACAGUCAGAGUGACAGUGAGAGUUUAAACAGUCAAAUGUUUUAAUGUUUAAGAUCAUUUGUUAUUGGUCCACUGAUGUGGGCGUCGACAAUCACUCCUCCAGCCUUACCUUUACGUCUGUCACACACACACACACACACACACACACACACACACACACACACUUAGUGUUCCAAUUGAGAUAGUCAUGUGUAAUCACUCUGUAUAGUAUAUUUAUGUUGUGAAGUGAAUAUCUGCUGCAAGAUAAAGAUACAUUUCAGCACAAACGUUCUCUGCUUUAUGUUGAGGUCAAAUUGCUGCUGUGAGCUGAUUCUCUUGUUUUCACGUUCUUGGUUCUCUCUUCUUUCCUGUGAGUUGAGCGUCUGUCCCGUCUUAAACUGAAGUGCUUUUCUCCUCAAAGAGAGAGUGACCAAAAUCUUUUUUUUGUUUUUUAAAUAUAUUUUAUUGUAACAGCAUCAAACCAAUAAAAAACAUCAAUGA